AUGGCGUUCGGUCUAGACCCGGAUUCUUCGCGGCUUCGCGGAAGCCUCAAUGGCGCUGAGGGUAUUCGGACCGCCAGACGGGGCGCAGGUAAGGUGAGGUUUGCUGAGCCUGGUGGGAAGACGUCCUCACUCCUUAGUCACAGGAUUGGAGAUGACGAGGUGCCAUGGAACGAGCGCACCGGGGGCGUGGACGGUUUGCUACGAAGAACACAGCGGGUUUCCUUGGACCGUCGUGGGAACGUGGAGAAGAGCAAGCCACCGAGUGUGAUCGUCAGGAUGGAGCUUGAUGUGCCUGCCGCAUGGCCGCGCUCCAUAGCCAUGCGCAGCCAUGCGGCCGUGGCGUUGUAUAUCUCCCAAUCUACUUCCCUCGCCCUUAUUGUCAACCCGCCUGCCUUUUCCGCACGUCGUAUCGCGGGGGUGGAGAGGUGGCCGACGAGAAGAUGGCUCCACAUCCCCUUUGUCGAGAUGAAGACCAUCGUCCCCUUCACACAGCAUAUCGAGGGGAGGGAGGAGAUGGGUAUGACAGGCGCUUGA